CCCAUUGUCUGACCCUCUCUCUCUCAUAUUCCCCACACUACAUACUGCUUGCAGGCCGACAUCAUCAACUGCCGUGAACAGUAAAGACUGAUCGCCGAUUUUGACUUAUGUCGUAGUUUGACCGGAAUAUCUAGGUUCAUCAGAUCGACGAUGUUGAUUGGAUUUUGAAGAGAUAUAUUCUUGAGUUUUUGGAGUGUGGGGUUUAGGUUUAUGGGUUUAAAUGAUUACGUUACGUAUAGUGAUUGAUUAAGUUUUGGGGUGAAGGGUUUAAGGCAAUGACUAGUGGUUAUUGAUAAUUGAGGAUCAGAAACGCAGAUUAAGAUGUCGAAUUCGAAAGUAGUGUAUGAAGGGUGGAUGGUGCGGUAUGGGAGGAGGAAAAUCGGGAGAUCUUUUAUACAUAUGCGGUAUUUUGUGCUGGAAUCGAGAUUGCUUGCUUAUUACAAGAGGAAGCCUCAAGAUAAUGUGGUUCCAAUCAAGACAUUGGUUAUCGAUGGCAACUGUAGAGUGGAGGACCGAGGCUUAAAAACCCAACAAGGACUUAUGGUGUAUGUUUUGCUUAUAUACAACAAGAAAGAGAAAUACCAUCGGAUGACUAUGGCAGCUUUUAACAUCCAAGAGGCACUUAUCUGGAAAGAAAAAAUAGAAUCUGUUAUCGAUCAGCAUCAGGAGUCCCUAGCUGCUAAUGGGAAUAAAUAUCAGUCUUUUGAAUAUAAAUCUGGAAUGGAUAGUGGAAGAAAUGCUUCCUCAUCAGAUCAGGAAAGUCAGUAUAGUGCUGCUGAAGAUGAAGAUGAUUCAAAUCCAAGUUUACUUCGAAGAACAACAAUUGGAAAUGCAGGUCCUCCUGAAUCUAUAUUGGAUUGGACUCAAGAAAGUUCUACAUUAGCAAGCCAAAAUGCAACUAAUCAAGCAAUUUCUAGGAAACACUGGAGGCUUCUUCAAUGCCAGAAUGGACUUCGUAUCUUUGAAGAGCUUCUUGAAGUUGAUUUUCUUCCAAAGAGCUGUAGUAGGGCUAUGAAGGCUUCUGGUGUUGUGGAAGCCAGUUGUGAAGAAGUAUUUGAGCUUAUAAUGAGUAUGGAUGGAACACGUUCUGAGUGGGACUGUAGUUUCCAAGAUGGUAGCCUAGUUGAGGAGGUGGAUGGACAUACAGCUAUUCUUUAUCACAGGCUUCAGCUCGAUUGGUUCCCAACGUUUGUAUGGCCACGUGACCUUUGUUAUGUGCGAUAUUGGCGCCGAAACGAUGAUGGAAGUUAUGUUGUGCUGUUUUGCUCAAGGGAGCAUGAAAACUGUGGUCCACAACCAGGAUAUGUUCGGGCUCAUAUUGAGAGUGGAGGGUUUAAUAUUUCUCCAUUGAAAGCUCGAAAUGGGAGGCCAAGAACACAGGUUCAGCAUCUUAUGCAGAUUGAUCUGAAGGGAUGGGGUGUGGGUUAUGUGUCAUCAUUUCAGCAGCAUUGUUUGCUACAAAUGUUAAAUAGUGUUGCUGGACUUCGGGAAUAUUUUGCUCAAACAGAUGGAAGGACUGUUCCUCCAAGAAUUCCAGUUAUGGUUAAUAUGGCAUCAUGUAAUGUUCCCUCAAAGGAGACACAUAAAAACCAGAUGACUUCCAUUCAUGAUCGAAAUCAGUCCCUAGAUAAUGCUGCAAAAAUGAUGGAUGAGUACUCAGAUGAAGAUGAAGACUUCCAAAUCCCUGAUGAAGAGGCAUAUCGUGUUGAGCAGGAGAUGAAAAGGGCAGAAGUUGUUGAAGAAGAAGCUAUUGUUGAAAUGGACUUGUCGUGCUUUUCGGGCAACCUUAGGCGAAAUGACAAUGAAAGUGGGCGUGAUUGUUGGAGAAUAUCUGAUGGGAACAACUUUAGGGUGCGUAGUAAGCGUUUUUGCUAUGAUAAAUCAAAGAUGCCUGGGGGAAAACAUCUUAUGGAUCUUGUUGCUGUUGACUGGUUUAAAGACACCAAAAGAAUGGACCAUGUUGCUAGACGCCCAGGUUGUGCAGCACAAGUUGCUGCUGAAAAAGGGCAUUUUUCCAUGGUGUUCAAUCUCCAAGUACCUGGUUCCACAAACUACAGCAUGGUUUUCUAUUUUGUGAGCAAGGAAUUAGUACCUGGAUCUCUUGUGCAACGUUUUGUUGAUGGUGAUGAUGAGUUUCGUAAUAGUAGGAUGAAGCUCAUACCAUCAGUCCCCAAGGGCUCCUGGAUUGUACGACAGAGUGUUGGAAGCACACCUUGCUUACUUGGAAAAGCAGUUGACUGUAACUAUAUCCGUGGUGCCAAUUACUUAGAAGUUGAUGUUGAUAUUGGUUCUUCUACUGUAGCUAAUGGUGUAUUGGGUCUUGUAGUUGGUGCCAUCACUAGCCUUGUUGUGGACAUGGCUUUCCUUGUACAGGCAAACACUAUAGACGAAUUGCCAGAGAGACUAAUUGGUGCUGUUCGUGUUUCCCAUUUAGAGCUAUCAUCUGCUAUUGUUCCAAAGUUGGAACCCGACACAAGUUAAAUAUACAAACUUCAAUGUGGUUACUUUAUAAUCUGUGUUUACAGCUUAAUCAAAUCAUUUGUCAAUGAAUGAGUAAGGCCCUGUUUAAGUAAAAAAAUAUUUGACAAAUUGAUGGCAGACUUGGGGAAAUGGAAGGAAAAAAAAAAAUAAACAAGGGCAGAUUUGUAACAAGUUAGGAUUUGGUACUUGCAUAGAAGAAGAUGUUAAGCUGUUCAAUACAAAGUUGUAAAUGGCAUUGUUCUUAAUUUCAGAUCUU